CGCCCAGCGUCAGCGUCGUCGCAUGACACGUCUACCCGCCAUUUCUUCGACGAAAUGAGCCCACCCAGUGCACAUUUUACCUCGUCGUUGCCGCAUGGCUCGUCAAGCUCCUCGAUUCGUCCUGAUGCCUCCACCCCCCUCACGCCGGAGACCCAGACAAACGUCUCGCUGAGCGUCAACUACCUGCCAACCAAGUUUUCCAACACGUUGCUGCAGCCCGGGCCACGGAGACGGAAAGCAAAGGGCGUAGAGUUGAGUGUCCCCAAGCGAGGAGGAGGAGUUGAGGCAUUUAGGUCGGGAGAGGCGAGGAUGCCAGGUGAGACUGAUGAGGACUAUGAUGGCGUUACCGGCAGCUGGUUCGGUGGCAGGAGCGGCGGGUCGAGAUUCACCAAGAAACUGCGCUGGAACAGGUUCAAAUGGACGCUGUUCGUCGCGAACCUCGUCUUGACCUGCUAUUCCAUCGUCGGCCUCAUCUGCCUGCUGAUGACGUGGUUCAACAUCUGGUCGGACGCCGACAUCGUCCGUGUUGGCAACCGCUCAGAGCUCAUCGUCUCGACCAUCGCUGCGUGUCUGGGAAUACUGACUUGCAUCAUCGGAUGGGCGGGGAUUCUGCUCAACAACCGUUCCUUCCUCGCCGUGUAUACGUUCCUGCUCUGGGUCGUGUUUGCGUUCAACACCGCGCCGGGAUACAUCACCUACAAGCGCCGGGAGCUCAAUCUCGAGGGCAAGAUCAACCAGCAGUGGUCCCAGGAUCUCGGUUCGGAGGGCAGGCAGCGGAUUCAGAACCAGCUGGGGUGCUGUGGGUACUAUAGCCCGUUCGUCGAGGCGACGGUCUCUCAGACGUGUUACUCUCGCUCGGUAUUGCCAGGAUGCAAGCUCGACUAUCUCAAGUUCCAGCGUCGGGUGCUCAAGCGGUGGUACACCGUCAGUUUCAUCCUUGCCGGCCCACAGCUUUUGAUCGUCAUCGCUGGACUGCUCUGCUCGAAUCAUGUCACGUACAGAUUUGGGAAGGGGAUGAUGCCCAAGGCGUAUCGACUGAGCAUGAACAGUAUGGCGGUCAUUAUGGAUAAUUAUGCAAACAAAUUGGCAGAACAAUAUGGGGAGGAUGUGGCGACGGAUGUCAUCUCACGCUCUCGGUCGAACCUUCACCUUGACGGUGGUAUGGUUAGCAUGCCGUAUGCCUCCGUGGCGCCUUCGUUUGCCACGCAUAACAAAUACGACUCUGUGGGGUCCAGGCCACCGCCGGAGGCACAUUAAACCAACUUUAUUACUCAUGGGACUGUGGACAUUCAUUGGACAAAUUUUCACUUGGCUUAUGUUACAUGUACCAGCAUUUUGAUACCCACAUUCUUUUCAUGGAACGUUCUGCCUGUUCAAUUGUUCUGCUAGAAUACAUAGCUGUCUUCGCUAACGCGGUGGAGUUACGGUGAUGAGCACCUCGGGGUUGAAAAGUGGCUCAAGACAGUAUGAUGAAGGUGGGGCAGGAAGUGUGGGUACUGAGAAUUGUUGUAGGGUACUGUUCCCUCCGGUUUACUUCGAUUAUUUCUUGAUGCCUUCGUCUUCUCUUCCCCUUUUCUUCUAUGUAAUUCAUUGUGAUUUGUUACUGAGUCGUCUGACUCGCGCUGUAUUAUUACUGGGUAAGAGUCAUAAUUCUGUAGUAUAUGAGAAUGUAGCUACGUAGUAAAAUAGCAUAGUUCGAUCUUGCCCACAGAAAUCGGGUACUGCCU